AGGCGUUCAAUGUCACGAUACUGUGAGUGGUGCCCAAUGUGAUUCCUGUCCUUUGGGCUAUGAGGGUGAUGGUCGCACUUGCACUAAACGUAAUCCCUGCUUAGAUGGUCCUUGUCCUUCAGGAGUUGAAUGUAUACAAAUCGGAGUACCGCCCUAUUUCCAAUGCAUUUCCUGUACUCGCAGUCAGCGUAUCAAUGGCAGCCUGUGUGUAGAUAUAGAUGAAUGUGAACUCUAUCAACCCUGUGAUCCGAAAACGACCUGUGUUAAUCAAAAUCCGGGUUUCAGAUGUGAACCGUGUCCCUUGGGUUAUAGUGGCAUGCACAUGCAUGGUUAUUAUGCUGAAUAUUGGACUUUGAAUUAUCAGAAACAAACGUGUUAUGAUGUGGAUGAAUGUACGAAUGGUAUGGCUCGAUGUGGACCGAAUGCAGUGUGUGUUAAUACAAUGGGCUCCUAUCAGUGCAAAUGCCGUGAAGGCUUUGUUUCGAAUGGUACUUCGAAUUGCUUCCCCAUAGCCGAUAUGUGUCCCGAUGGUACAAUCUGUAAUAGUAAUGCCAAUUGUGUACUAGCCGAUAAUUUGAAAUACAGAUGCAAAUGUAAAGUAGGUUGGGCUGGCAAUGGUUUAAUAUGUGGACGCGAUCGUGAUCUAGAUAGUUGGCCUGAUCUACAAUUACCCUGUUCAGAGUUGCACUGUAAAAGAGACAACUGCCCCGAUUUACCCAAUUCGGGACAAGAAGAUGCCGAUAAUGAUGGCAUAGGAGAUGGUUGUGAUGAUGAUGCUGAUGGCGAUUUAAUAUCGAAUGACAAGGAUAAUUGUCCAUUUGUUUACAAUGUCGAUCAAAUGGAUUCAGAUCAUGAUGGUGUAGGUGAUGCCUGUGAUAAUUGUCCAUUUGUACCGAAUCGCAAGCAGUUGGAUACAGAUGAUGAUUCUUUGGGCAAUGAUUGUGAUGAUGAUAUGGAUAAUGAUACCGUAAUUAAUGAGUAUGAUAAUUGUAUGUUGGUGCCCAAUCCAAAUCAAUUGGAUGUCGAUGGUGAUGGUAUAGGAGAUGUCUGUGAUAAUUGUCCUAGUAUUUCGAAUCCUUCACAAGAGGAUCGUGAUAAUGAUUUGUUGGGUGAUGCUUGUGAUAGUGAGAUUGAUGGUGAUAAUGAUGGUAUACAGGAUAGUGAGGAUAAUUGUCCCAUGGUUAGUAAUGCUGAUCAGUUGGACACCGAUAAUGAUGGCAAGGGAGAUGCUUGUGAUGAUGAUAUGGAUGGUGAUGGUGUUCCCAAUUAUAGAGACAAUUGUCCUUUGGCCAAAAAUCCCAAUCAAUUGGAUUUGAACAAAAACGGCAAAGGUGAUUUGUGUGAAUACGAUGAAGACGACGAUGGUACUCCCAAUAUCAUAGACAAUUGUCCCAAUAAUUCCAUGAUAUAUUCCACUGAUUUCCGUACCAUACGUUCUGUGAUAUUGGAUCCUGAGGGUGAAGCUCAACUAGAUCCCAAUUGGGAGGUUCAUGCCAAUGGCUCGGAAAUUAUACAAACUUUGAAUAGUGAUCCCGGUCUAGUGGUGGGUCAUGAUGCUUUUGGUGGUGUUGAUUUUGAGGGUACUUUCUACGUUAACGAUGACACCGAUGAUGAUUAUGUCGGAUUCAUAUUCAGUUAUCAAAGUAAUCGUAAAUUUUAUAUAGUAAUGUGGAAAAAGAAUACACAAACAUACUGGCAUUCUACACCCUUCCGUGCCUCGGGAGAGCCGGGUAUUCAAAUUAAAUUGGUGGAUAGUAUUACUGGGCCUGGUUCUAUGUUGCGUAAUAGUUUGUGGCAUACUGGCGAUACUAAGGAUCAAGUGAGAUUGUUAUGGAAAGAUCCCAUGAAUAUUGGUUGGAAGGAGAAAACUUCCUAUAGAUGGUCUCUUUUACAUCGUCCCGCUAUUGGUCUUAUACGUCUUAGAAUGUUUGAGGGUGAUAAGCUAAUCUUGGAUUCUCAUAAUGUCUAUGACUCUACUUUGAAGGGAGGGCGUUUGGGUGCCUUCUGCUUCUCGCAACAAAUGAUCAUUUGGUCAGAUUUGAUUUACAAAUGUAACACCCGCGUUCCUGCCUUGGUGUAUAAUGAUUUACCUGGUCAUCUGAAACAAAAAGUAGAAAUUGAUAGAUAAUUUAGUUUUUUCACUCUUUUUCAAAAUGUUGCUGAAAAAUUAUUUUCAAGAAAAAAAUAUUGGUGCUACGAGUCCUUUUCUUCUUUAUUACUCUUGCCCUCUAUUUCUAAAUGUAUGUUUAUAGUUUAGCGUAAAGAUAUACUGCCAACAGACAUGGAGCUAUUGGGUCUUAAAUCAACUAUAUAUUCAAAACAAUUAUACGUAAUUAUAAGUUUAACUGAAAUUGCCAUAAUUUGUAUUAGUUAUACGAUAUGAAAUCUAUGUAUUUAAUAAAUCAAAUGAGAUUUGU